AUGGCGGACGACGGUGAUCAAGCAAUUGUUGCGGCUAGCGUGGUAUCUGUCGCGGAUACAGGAAUUGUUUAUCAAGAGGAUGCCACUAAUCUUGAGACGUCUCCAGAGCCAGUAACCGCGGUUCAGGAAAUCGCUACUAAAGACGUUACGGAGGCUAAAGACGUGGAAGGCGUACGUCACGGCGCGUCGUCCGAUCAAUAUCCAAGCGGUCAUGACGAGCAGCAGCAUGCAUCCUAUGAGAGCGCUACAGCUGACGAUUCCGCGGACGAUAAAGCGGGGCCUACCACCGUCGACGCUACAGCUGAAGCUACAGCCGAACGUACAGAGAACGCUACGGCGCGGCCUACAGCGGAAGCUGCAGGGCAGGAGAUGGCAGGAAGCCAGCAGCAGUCUUUUGACGCGACAGGCGACGAGAUGGUCGCAGAGCCAACAAGAGGCGACGAGAUGGUCGCAGAGCCAACAAGAGGCGACGGGAUGGACACAGAACGACCCGGGUGCGCCCCUGAGUGCGACGGAUUAUGUAGCGACAGAGUACCAAGCGACGCUGGCGACGCGGCGAACGAGGCUAAAACCGCUCACGCGUUGAAAGGUGUCUCAGAAGUCAAUGUUGAUUCGUCGCAGAACCAUGGAGAGGCGGCCACAACCGUACACAAGGAGCCGGGGAAGGCAGCGACACCUGUGGAGGAGGAGGCGGAAAAAGCGGCUACAGGUGUGGACGAGGAGGUUUCUGGGAAGGAGGCUACAAAUGUGGAGGAGGUUACUGGGAAGGAGGCUACAAAUGUGGAGGAGGUUUCUGGGAAGGAGGCCACAAAUGUGGACGAGGAGGUUUCUGGGAAGGAGGCUACAAGUGCGGAGGGGGUUUCUGGGAAUGAUGCUACAAUUGUGGAGGAAGUUUCUGGGAAGGAGGCUACAAAUGUGGAGGAGGUUUCUGGGAAGGAGGUUACAAAUGAGGAGGAGAUUUCUGGGAAGGAGGCUACAAAUGUGGAGGAGGUUUCUGGGAAGGGGGCCACAAAUGUGGAGGAGGUUUCUGGGAAGGGGGCCACAAAUGUGAAGGAGGUUUCUGGGAAGGAGGCUACAAAUGUGAAGGAGGUUUCUGGGAAGGAGGUUACAGCCAUGGACGAGAAGGUUUCUGGGAAGGAGGCUACAAAUGUGGAGGAGGUUACUGCGAUGGAGGUUACAGCAGGGGAGGAGGAGGCUGGAAGGGCGGUUACAGCCGAGGUAGGGGAAGUGACAAUAGCGAGGGUUGCUGCUGAGGAGGAGUCACACCGAGUGACAAUGGCGGAAGCAGAGGCUGUGACUGCUGAAGCAGUUGAGGGGGGGUUAGAACGGGUGACAAUAAGGGGGGAGAUGCUGAGGAGGAGUCACACCAAGUAA